ACGCCUUUAAAUCGAUACACCGUACUUUAUAGCUUCACACGCAAGUAAAGUUAAUUAACUGUUACUGAAUGUGAAUCGUAAUCGUUUUCCGACGUUCUGAACGCCACUGUUUGAGUGAAGAGCACGUUAUUUUGUUCCCUAUUUAUUGGAUCACAUCGUAAACACUGAUUCGUUCAGUGGAUCGAUUUUAAACUCAACCGAUUCACAAAUGAUUCAGACACAGUGUUUGAACACACAGGGAAAACUCUUGAAGGCAAACAAUUGCAGAGAUGGAGUUUAUUAAAGAGGAGAGUGAAGACGUGAAGAUCGAAGAAGCGUUCAGCGUCAAACAAGAGGAUACCGAGGAACCAACAACUAUACCAUUUAUUAAAGAGGAGAGUGAAGACGUGAAGAUCGAAGAAACACAAGUCAAACAUGAAGAUACAGACGAACAAACAAAUAUAUCCUUUGUUAAAGAAGAGAGUGAAGGCGUGAAGAUUGAAGAAACGUUUAGAGUCAAACAUGAAGAUACUGAAGAACAAAUAGGCCAGAUGCCAGGGAAAGAGGAGAGCCGAGAACUUACUGGAAUGGAAAGCGAAGAAGGCCUCGAAAAGCACGGAGACAAGCCUUAUACCUGCGAAGAGUGCGGAAAGACUUUCGGUCAGAAAAGAAUCCUGACUCAGCACUCGAGAGUUCAUAGCGGAGAGAAGCCUUUCGCCUGCCAGCAAUGCGGAAAGAGUUUCGCCUCGAAAGGAAAUCUUGUAGCCCACAUGAAGAUCCACAGCGGGGAGAGGCCUUACGCCUGCCCCGAGUGCGGAAAACGCUUCCUGAGCAACUCCAACCUCAAGAAGCACGGCAGGAGCCACACGAGAGAAAAGCCGUACACCUGCGAGCUCUGCGGCAAUGGCUUCACCGAAAACGGAAGUCUUAAGAAGCACGUGAUGAGAAUCCACGCCGAGAAGCGGUCCUUCGCCUGUCCUCAGUGCGGAACGGCCUUCGCAAGCAAAGUAUGCUUCAAUACCCACAUGAAGACUCACUUGAGAUCGCGGUUUUAUAUGUCUUUGGCGUGGAAGGAGUUUCUCGGGCAGGAAAAAUCGUAACGUCACGUUAAAGGAAGCCUUUCGGAUAGCGCUUUGGAUCGAAAACAACUGAAGGAGACAAAAAGCAACAGUUCACCCAAAACGGAGAGCUUGAUCUGGUAUAGUCUAGCUUUUGUACAAAGUCAACAUUUCCUUUACUUUUUCUCUCUAGUUCUUGCAUGUUUAGUUCUUUUCUUCGAGAAAGCUGACAAAUGUGUAAGUAGGAGAGGAUUGAGAUAUCACCGAGAUAUUAAAGUCUGCUCGCAGAAUAGAGAAAGAAGGUAUUGAUCAGCGUUUAAUUAAUAGGUUUAAGUUGAUUUAACCCUCAUUCUUCAGGACAAAUGUAAAAAUGUACAAAAAUGGCCUUUAAAAAAUAAAUAAAUCUCUUGCAAAUGUGUAGGACUCAAUAAAUCCUAAACGGUAA